AUGCCACUACUUUCCAACCGAACCUACCAUAAAGACACAAAAAAGUGCUCUUUUGUGGACAGAACCAAUCCCUACGAUUUGCAGAACUACGACAUCAGAGAAGACGACGAAAUCACCUCUUCAGAUGAUGCUGGCUUAGAAAGUUCUGAUGCAGGCUACGAAGAUGAAUAUGAGGAAGGAUCAUACAACGUUUCUAGUGGACCAAACACUGCGGAUGAGGGCUCUGCCAGUGCGAGUCAAGGGGAGAAAGGGAAGAGACCAAGGAGCGCUUCGCCGUUUAAAAGAAGUAUUAGCUCGCUAUUCAAAAGACGCGGGUCCCGCGACUCCUGUGUUGAAGAGAAAGAGCUUGACAUCGCUGACGAAGAUGGAAGUUGCGCGGCAAUUCCAGGCAUCGAUCAGGUGCAGAGUGAUGCCGCGAGUUCUUCAAAAUUUUGGAGAUCUUGGAGGUUGAAGCACGAGAGACACGGCAGCGAGCAUGUGGACGAGAACAACGACGUGGAGUCGGAUGCUUUCGCAAGUGACAAACAGGCAAUCUGUACUGACGCUACCGUGCCAUUGCGGCAUGGAAGCAACAUUGAAAAGCUAAGCGAACUUCAAAUUGAGAAUACGUCGCUCGAAAUAUUUGAGACUGAUCGCGAAGGCAAUCCUGACGGAGCGUUUGAUGCCAGGAAAUUGGAUGAAAGUCCCACGUCCAUUGCGAGAGGCUUACAACUGAAGACAAGGCUUGGCAUCGAUUCUGCCGGAAGUCAGCAACCAGAAAAGGAUUCAAACCAUGGGACACUGGGAUACGCUGAGGGCGGUGAUAUCAUGAGCGCGAAAGUGCCGCUUUUACCAUCUCCUUCAACUCCGGUUGAAGAGCAGAUAUUCUGGAAGAAGAAUGUGCCAAAAAGCGAGUUUCAGCACUAUGAGAGUAUCUAUUUGACUCCAAAAGAUUACGUUGCUCUAGAGGACCAAUUCGACAGGGUCCAAGUGAACAAGAAUUCUAGGACUUACCGCAACUUUGUAAACAUCAUUGAAUUGUUGGAUGGAACCUCUGAAAACACGUUCCAAAUGUUUUCGCUCGAAGAGUUUACCACUGCAGUGCUUGGGUUGGUAAAAGGUGAACCAAAAGAACACAAGGGCGUGCGUCCUGAGCACCAUGCCAAGCUCGAUAGGACUUCGUCAUGCGAUGACCACUCAAGCCUCGAACUCAAAAAACAAGACAGAAGUUCAUCCAGGAUCAGGGAUCUGGAAGAAGAGCUAUCAUCGCUCAGAGAAAGGUAUGACUGUAGCGUCGAAGACGCUUACAAUUGCCGAAAUGAGCUUAAAAUAGUCAAGAGCGAGCUGGAAGAGACCCGCCACGAGGUGGACAAUACAAUCAAUAGGAUGGAUAAAAUAAAAUCCGACUUGAAAGAGGAAAUCAACAGACGCAUAAGCACUGAAGAAACUCUAAGAGGGGAACUAGACAUUGCGGCCGAGUCCGCCAAAAAGGAACUUUCCAAAUCGGAAGAGCUGCGCGACAGUCUAAUUAAGUCAAAAAACGAGCAGGAAGCACUCCAGGCAGAAACUCUAGUUUUGAAGGAACAAAACGAAACGUCAAGAUCUCGUAUCAACGAGCUGGUACAGUUAGUUUCCCAGCUAGAGGCAGAAGCAAGGAAAGCCAGGGAGGAAAACAGCCAACUGCAGCAAAGCUUUCAGGAGAAGGACGUUUUAGCCACACAUGCCAAGAUGGCAAACGUCAAACUCCAGAAAGACUGUCAGCGAGAGCGCUGCAAAUUACUAGAUGGGAGGCGUGAGCUGGACUUGCUCAGGAGACAGAUGGAACUUGCUGCUUGCCACAAAGCCGAGGCUUUGCAGUUCAUGGCACAAAUGAUGAUGUCCUUCCGUGACGUGCUGUCGAAGGACACCUUACAGGAAUGUGACUCGUAUUUGGGAGCUAUCAACUCAAACCAGCUUUUUAACCGUGCGUUGUUCAAUACUGACGGGGAGAUGACCGAGCGGCAGCUGUCAGAUCAGUUUGGACAAGAAUUGCAGCGAGUAACCGAGUUUUACCGCGACUUCGCGAAGAAGCGGCUACUUGAUCAGAUAUUUGCGAAGCACAUUUCCUAUAUGAGAUCGAACCUCUUCCUCUCUCAGCAACUCAAGGGCCUGAGACAACAAGGACAGGAUCAUGAAGAGUAUAUCUCAAGACUUUUGAAGGAUUGCAAGGCCCAAAGGGUCUUGAUUGCAAAACAGGACAAUCGGAUAGAAACUAUGAAAAAGGUGAAGCAAAGCGACUUUAAGACUGGAAGCAUUCAAACCUAG